UCACGCUUUGAUCAUGUGUGUAUUCAGUACCAGCUUCAUGUCUGACUUUGACAUCAUGCUGGCGCGCAAGAAGGCCAUGAGCGGCAAGCGGCGACGCCACCGAGACGGCGGGACGUUCAUCAGCGACGCAGACGACGUGGUCAGCGCCAUGAUCAUCAAGAUGAACGAGGCCGCUGAGGAGGACAGAACACUGAACAGUGCCAAGAAACCGGCCCUGAAGAAGCUCACUCUGCUGCCUCAAGUGGUCAUGCACCUAAAAAAGCAGGACCUGAAGGAGACGUUCAUCGACAGCGGCGUCAUGUCGGCCAUCAAAGAGUGGAUCAGCCCGCUUCCUGACAAGUCCCUUCCGGCACUCCGGAUCCGAGAGGAGCUGCUCAGAGUCCUGCAGGAACUGCCCAGCGUCAGUCAGGAGACACUGAAACACAGCGGGAUUGGUCGUGCCGUCAUGUUCCUGUACAAGCACCCCAAAGAGUCCAGAUCUAACAAAGACCUGGCCCUCAAGCUCAUUAGUAAGCACCCCUCAUGA